CGCACAACAUAACAAGGCCUUUCUCCCUUUUCCACUACACACUCUCCCUCUCUCUCUCUCUCCUCCCUCUCUCUGUGUCUCUCUCCCCAGGUCCUCUCUAUCCACUCUCCCCUCCUCUGUUCUGCACCUGCUCCUCCCCUCCUCCCUUAUUAUCCUCAGACUCAGAGCAGCGCUCCGUCCUCGCCAAGUGAUGCGGCGGCGCACAUCGGUGGGUUAUCACCGCCCGCUGCAAAGAAGACAGCUCCGGCUUGUCUUUUUCCCCUCUGGAAACGCGCACUGAAGGACGGCUGAACAUGGGAAUUUAACGGGGCUUUUUUGGGAGAGACAGCUGGAGGAGGGUAGGACGACGAAGAAGCACUCAAGUCCCAUCCGAGAGGACAGAGGGAGGAGGAGGAGGACUACAGGGAAACGGUCCCGUUGGGACGGGACGCAGCGGAAGGUUUUGUGCUUUAUAUAGUUUGAAAUGGACUCAAGAUGCUGGUUUUUCUUGUUUGGUUGUAAAGAAUAAAAACACAUGAUUUAAAGGACGGGGCUCUUGGAGUUGCGUUCGGUCGGUCGGUGCCUUUCUGUUCUGUUCUGUGAUGGAGUGAGUGAAAGAGAAGGCGCACGGUAACUUCAGCCUCGCCAUGAAAUCAGUGUUUUUCAGCCGCUUCUUCAUCCUGCUGCCAUGGGUCCUUAUUGUCAUCAUAAUGAUCGAUAUCGACAGUAAAAGGACGAUCCGGGCUCCAGUGGCCGGUCGGACCGGCAGGGCGCAACGGGCGGCUCGGACCGGCGCACCGGGGGUCGGCGUCGCCCAGAACCAAUCUGCCCUGCCGGUUAUCUACGCCAUCACUCCGACUUACACCCGUCCGGUGCAGAAAGCGGAGUUGACCCGGCUGGCUCACGCCUUCCGCCAGGUGCCCCGGUUCCACUGGAUCGUAGUGGAGGACUCUACGACGCGCACGGAGCUGGUGGCGCGCUUCCUGGCCCGGUGCGGCGUGCCGUACACGCACCUGCAUGUGUUCACCCCCCGCAGGUUUAAGCGCGCCGGGAUGCCACGCGCCACCGAACAGAGGAAUGUGGCUCUCGCGUGGCUGCGACAGCAUCGGAACAGGCGGGACGCCGGGGUGGUUUUUUUCGCAGAUGACGACAACACCUACAGCCUGGAGCUGUUUGAAGAGAUGCGUAGCACUCGAGGUGUGUCUGUUUGGCCUGUGGGAUUUGUGGGUGGCAGAGCCUAUGAGCGGCCCCUGGUGUCUGGGGGUAAAGUUGUGGGCUGGUACACCGGCUGGAGACCGGAUAGACCCUUCGCCACCGACAUGGCAGGUUUUGCGGUGAACCUCCAGGUGAUCCUGGCGAACCCACGUGCGCUGUUCAAGCGGCGUGGCUCCCAGCCUGGGAUGCAGGAGUCUGACUUCCUCAAGCAGAUCACCAAGGUCACUGAGUUGGAGCCCAAGGCCAACAACUGCACUCGGGUGCUGGUUUGGCACACUCGCACGGAGAAACCACACCUUGCAAAUGAGCCCAAACAUCGAAAGGACACUGUGGUUAUUGAGGUAUGAGAGGAAGAGUUGAGCAGAGGAUCCAAAAAGAGAAGCUGAUUGUGGCUGCUCAUUAUCUUUUGGCUGGGACUAAAGACAGCACCCUGCUUUCUCUCCUUAUGGGUUUAAUACAAUCUGUUCAUGAUGGACACAGACUCUGAGGAGUUGCAUGAUUCAAGACUUCUGGCUGUCUGUCAAAACGUGCUUCGUGAGAAAUGGAUGGCAGUGAAUAUGUUCGUUUUACAAACUGGGAUGAUUUGGACUGUUCAUUUCCUCCAUCCAUGUCUUGCGAAUGUAAAAAAAGAAACAAACUGAAAUUGAAUUAGAAAUGUAAAAUAGCCAUGUGAAUCAUUAAUGUCAUUUUUAAUAUAUCAUUGUCAAAUUAACCGUGUUACCUUGAUUUAAUUGCCAUAAACAAGGCUUGUGGUCCAGCUUAUAGUUUGUGGUUGUGGUAUUGUGAUGCUGGUCUUUCUCAAAGUUAAAGAAAUUUUAAACACUUUGGGAAAUAUGCUUAUUUGCUUUCUUUCUUGAGAGUGACAUGAAAAUAUUGGCACAGAGCUGGAGUCAGGAAGUGUUUAGCAUAGCACCUUGUUUCCAAGGUGCACUUACUCAAGUCAAGUGAAAGACCAUUCAUUCCUAUGAGAACCUCCAUAAUCUCCAAUGUGUUUGCAAAACUCCUCCUCCUCUUUUCGCUUUUUUUUUUUUUUUUUGGUCCAAAAUUUGUCUCUGGUAUGUUGAAAAAUGUGCAGCGGAUUUUGGACAGACCAUAUGCACUGUAUGUCACAGAAAGGUGCAGUAAAUUUGAAAUUAGCUAACACUGGUAGAAUGCUAACAGAGUGGUUGAUAAUUGUUUUAACAAAGUAUUUCAUAAAACUGGCUACACACCUGGCAUGGCUGUGGUGGCAUUUCUAUCCAUCCUAAAAGACAUACAUGUCCUUGUGUUGAACACUGGGGGUGUACUUUGUAUAUUAUACAGAAUUACACAAAAACAAAGCUGUGUGGAAAUAAGUUCUGAAUCUAGCUUAGAAGCAGGGUAAAAAGCUAGUUUGGCCCUCUCUUAAGAUAAAAAAUAUAUAUAUAUACCUAUAAACACCAAAUCCAAACAAAAACAGAAAUUUCAAAAAAUGACAGAAAUUCUACACAAAAGUACUGGACAGAUGGAUCAACUGCUCUUCACCAAGAAAUAUCUCCAACACGACUCCGCAGUAAAAUUUUACAUUACAAUUUGUUCAUAAAUUUUUAAACAAUCUAGGCACAAUAUGUUUAUUUGCUUUAAAGGUGUUGAUGUAUUUUUUUUAACUUCAGAGAGAGCUAAGCUAGCUGUUUUCCCCUGCUCUCAAUCUUUAUGCUAACCAUGUCCUGAUUCCAGCUCAAUAUCCAAUGUACACAAAUUGUCAUUGUUUUUCUCAUCUCAUUCGUAGAGGAGGGAAAGUAAGUGUACUUCCAAAAGUAUUGAAGUGUUUGUUUCAAACCAGACCUUGCAUUACCCUCCAAAUCACCCUCACUGAGCAAAUUACAAUUUUGAAAGGGAAUCUUUUUUUUUUUUCUUUCAACAUAAGCUUUUUGCCUAAAGAGCUUCAUUUGCUCCUAAUGUCUUCACGGUGGCUCAAACCUGCAAAUCAGACGCCAACAGAAACAGUAUCAUUUUUCCCAGCUCUGGUCAUAUUUGUUGACAUUAAUUACAUUGAUGUUUCAAAGUUAAUGUGGUAAUGAUUUAUUGAUGCCUAAAUGCUGUGUAAGUCUCCUUUAAAUCACCCUGAACUGAUCAUAUAUAUAAUGAACUGGAGCAACCUCUGCUGUCCUCUCAUCCUGUAUGUAUGUGAAGUAUGUGAUCAGGUUUGGAAAUGGCACACGUGAAGUAACAAGCAACAUCUCUCCUGACAAACUGCCAUCAAUAAUGUAGAGUAUGUGGCCUGACAACAAAGACAACUUGCCUCACAAGAAAAAGCACCUGCCAGCAGAGGAAUAAAAAAAGAAUGAAUGAAAAAGAACAGCCCAUCAGAUCGGCUGCUAAUUUCACAGCUCAAAUGUCUAAAGAACCGUUUUCUUCAGUGUAUUUAUCAGCAGUAUUGCCUUAACACUGAAGUUUAGAGAGGACUGAACAUGUGUUGGUGUUUGAUGAACACAGGAAAUAAAACCAGAAUUAAAUACAUGAUUCAACAGCCUUUAUUCCAAAUGACCCCCUUGUAAAACUUUGAACAGAAAAAAAAGGAGCAAACAAAACUCCCAAAAAACAGUAUUUAUAUAGUUAAAACAGUCAUUGGACAAAGAUGAACACAGAAAAAAAUUCUUGCUAUUUAUUGUUUAAAUGCACGGAAACCACUUUUUUUUUUUUCUCUGUACUAGGCACCAGAAAAUGUAAACACAUUGGAAAUAAACCUGGAGGACAUUA